UAUUUACAUUUUAUUGGUUUGUUUUGUUUAUCCUGAACGUUUUUUCUUAUUAUGUUGAAAAGCAGCAAUAUAAAUAGUGUCCUCAAUGAGAUGCCUGAUCCGCUGGCCAAGGAGCACCAAGCUCAACCUUCUUCUUCCAAUGAAAACUCCAAAGCAGAGGCAUUAACCUGUUGCAUCUCCAAGGAUCAGGAUGUAAUGGGCAGCCUUGCCGCCUUGCAACUUUCCGCUGGCGUAUUGCAAAUAGCGGAGCCACCACUGGACCAUGUACGUGUCCAGCUCAGGGAACUGAUCGGAAGACAGAACAAGAUCUACAUAGAUUUGUCCAAGGAGAAGUACAAACUGGACUGCAGCGAAGUCGCCAAACUGAAUGAUAUGAUGAGCGAUGUGAGGCGCUACAAAGAUAAACUGGCAAAGAUCAAAAAAGAAAUGCAGGGAAUAUACCAGCGCACCAAGGACUUGAAGAAACGCGCCGCAAACGUGGCGGCCUGCAAGCAGCGCGACUACCAGCGUAAACUCGAUAGGCAGCAGCACGAGGAGUCACUCAUUGGCGGCCAUUAGAGGCAGUCAGUGCCACCUUUACAUUGGGAUUCGGAUUCUCGGUAACAAAUAACCAACAACUUAACACAGACAAAAGUAAAAUCAUCUUUUAUACAUAUAUGUAAUAAUAACGAUAAUUGUUAUAAGA